AUGAGGACUCUCCUUUUUCUCUUUGUUCUUCUCUUCUUUCUGGGCCCAGCCAUGAAUAAAUUCUUGGAUGAGAAAUGCAUCAGGCUUGACGGGAGAUGCUCGGCUGAUUGUAAGAAAAAUGAAGAACUUGUUGGCCUCUGCCAUAAAGCUCAGAAAUGCUGUCUGUUGCUCGAACCAUGCUGGCAGAAAUGA